AUGUCUGCCAGUUCAAGCACCAAAGCGAAUCAGGGGGACUCCGAUGGCUCAUGGGAAUAUGCCCCCGAUUAUCCAAGGUCCCCUCCACCACCGCUGCCUCUUCCAAUCUCCUCCGCAAGUGAGGGGGACUCCGAUGAUCCCACUGUGGAAAUAAAUGAUAUGAAGAACAAACUGGAACACAACUCUUCCUUGGUCCAUUAUUGGACUCAAAAGUGUGUCGGAGCUAAGCAGAAGUUGGCUUAUUUGACUCGGCAAGAGGAUGCUAAGUAUGAAUCUUUGAGCAUCCACAAAGGAGGCAACAACCAAGGCCAGGCAAUGUCUGUGGCUUUCAACGAAGGUUUUGAGAAAUUCCGACAGUUCGCUGCAAAUAUCCACAAAGAUAUUGACUGGGACGCCAUAACCCCGUCUACUGCACAGGAAAUCAUCUCCAGCAGUGCACACCGAACAGAGCAAGGCCACCAACCAGCAAAAGGCAACGAUAAUGACUGGUGGAAUUGGAGUAUUUCUGAAGUAAUGGAAAGCUUUUUUAUGGCUGCUGGGAGUGUGGAUAGGAAUUCUAAGGUUGAUGGAUUGGAUUGUGGUUUUCAAAGAAACUUGAAUGAGGAAGAGAGGAGAGAAGGGAAAAGCGUUGUUGUAAGGAAAACUAAACUGUUUUGGAAAAACAAUCAGAAGAAAAGACCGGAAACAUAUCAGAGUUGGAAUUUGAGGCAAGGUCAUCAAAAGAUGGGGCAUGUUCAUCAGAAUCUUGUUAUUACUACUAUAAGCUCUAACUUGUUGGCUAUUAGCAUAUUUUAUGGUACACCUCUUAACAAGGUUUUCAGCAGUACAAGGAAGACCUUGUGUUUAAUUGGGCGGGCUUGGAAAGCUAGGCUUAUAUUAGAUCAUAGAAAAGAUUGA